AUGGAUGGCACUUCUACUAUGAACCAUAUGGCAGGAAUGAAUACCAUGAAUGGUAUGGAUAUGAGUAGCAUAACAGGGACAUUUACAAUCUCUCCUACGAGCACAAUGCACAUGAGUAUGGGUGGUAUGGGAGCAAUGUCAGAAUCAGCAAUGUCAAUGAUGACAGACAUAGCGACUGCUACAAUGUCUGAAAUGGCUGGAAUGUCUGGAAUGGAAACUAAAUCUGGAAGCAUGCCUAUGUCAAGUAGCACGGGUAUGGCGGCCAUGGGACAUGGUGGAAUGAAAAUGAAAUGCUCAAUGUCUAUGUUAUGGAACUGGAAUACAAAAGACGUGUGUUUCAUUUCCAAACAAUGGAAAACUUCUACAAGGGCACUAUUUGGGGGUACUUGUGUUGGUGUUUUUGCAUUAUUGUUAGCCAUUAAUUGGUGGAGAAGAAUAUUGGUACAGUAUAGAGUAUAUAGUGCAGAACUUCGUAAAACUGAGGUUGAGAAUUGGCUUCAAGCAGGACAUCCAGUUGGAGACACACAUACUACAUUUACAAAUGUGGACUUUACAAAGCGCUACAACAUGGUCGCAGAAGCAUUAAUCCCAUUGCUGGAAGCCUGCAAACACAAGUGGUUUUGGGCUUUAAAUAAGAAUCUUGCCGUCCAGGUGGAUGAUAUGGUCUAUGUCUAUCCAAGCAUCUUAGAACACAUCCUUUACUGCAUUGGUGAUACAAUGGAAUGGUCGGUUCAUCAUACAAUCAUGCUACUAUUUAUGUAUUUCAACGGUUACGUUUUUAUUUCCUGUAUGAUUGGUGCCUUUAUUGGAUUCAUGUUGUUCCAGUACAAGGAGAUUGAUCCGACCAGGAGAGGAGACAAUGUCUCAAAGAGGUGUUGCUUGUAG